GAGUUUGUCCUCUCAAUUGCCGGUGUACUGUGAUUGGGUCAAUUCUAACAGGUGAUCAGUCAUGGCGCUGAACACAGUGACAGGAUGUAAUAUUAGGUCGAUGUUAAGAUGUAAUUUUAAUUCAGUUUACGGUUUCCUUGUGCCAAGAAUCAAUAUUUGCUGUAGUGUCUGUGUUACAUCACCACGGUUGACCAUAGCUGAAGUUUUCCAUGUAACAAAAAGAGGACUAACAACAUCAAAAUUGCUGCGUCAUGAAGUUCAGGAUUCGGGUUCUCAAGAUUCUGACGAUCUGGUUGACGUCUUAUAUGUAGACCGGUCUGGGCAAAAAAUUCCGGUGAAGGCUAAAAUCGGGGGAAAUGCACUCUAUCUCGCUCAUAAACAUGGCAUCGAGCUGGAAGGUGCCUGUGAGGCGUCACUUGCCUGUUCCACUUGCCAUGUGUAUGUAAGCAAAGGCCACUUUGAGAAGCUACCAACUCCAGACGAAAGGGAGGAUGAUAUGCUGGACAUGGCCCCGAUGCUGCAGGAGAACUCCCGUCUUGGCUGCCAGAUUGUUUUCACCCCUGAGCUAGAUGGCAUUGAGCUGACCUUACCCAAGGUCACGCGCAACUUCUAUGUCGAUGGUCAUGUCCCCGCACCUCACUGAGGGAGGAGGCAGGACGAAUGGGACAAGAGGAAUGUGGUGUUACAAUACAGAAUAUAGGUUUGAAUGUAUUUAUUUAUGCAUUGCUAAAGUAAAACAAAACCUAGAUGAUUGAAUGCAACCACAUUUUCAUAACAGCAUAACAGCAGAGUGUUGUGUGUGGUUUGCAAUGGCAAUGGCCCCCUUUAUGAUGCCUAACCUCUGACCCUGUCGGUCGUAAAGGACAAUAUUGUGAAAUGAAAGACACCAACAUGUUGUGGUAGAUUACUUUUAAAUAAUUUGUAUAACUUCACCAAGCCAUUAGCUAUAUGUUUGUAUGUGUCAUUGCAUCAGGUCAUAUGUUAGAUAUAUACAAUGUAUUAUACAUAAAGACUUAAAUCAAGAAAUGCCUGAUUCCUAAAUGUUAGAAUAAUCUAUGGAAAGGUUAGCAGGUAUUACCUUAAAUGGUUUAUUAUACCUUAACCUUUUUGUUAUAGUAAAUUCCUAUUGCACUGAAUGGAAAGGUCUGUUGGAGAGCAGACUGAAAUUGUAAAUGUUAAACCUUGUAAACAUAUAAUUAAAAAAAAAAAUCUACAUUUGCUUUUAAAUUAGAGUUUAUUAUUUCCCUGCAUUAAAACUAAUUGUUAUAAAUAUUAA